AGUAGCGAGCGUAAUGGCGGCCGUGAAGGGACCGAUCGAGCAGCGGCCCACCAUGGACAUCCCCGCCACGCAGCUGCCCCCGGGUGACCCCAGGCUGGUGGAGGCCAUAGUGACCCAGUUAAAGACCAAGGGAAUAUUUGACCAGUUCAGAAAGGAGUGCCUGGCGGACGUGGACACAAAGCCGGCCUUUCAAAACCUGAGGCAGCGCGUUGAGGGACACGUCAACAAGUUCUUGGAGAAAAUAGUUUGGAAAAAUGACAUCAACAAGAACCAGUUACGAGACGGUGUGCGGAAACACGUCAACAGCUUGGGGAUUUUGGACUCUGGUAUCGAUGCAAUCAUUACCCAAGUGGUCAACCCAAAGAUCAAGCCCCUCAUCCUGCCCUACGUGGAAGACACAGUGUAUGCCUUUCUGCAGAUCGACAAGCCCAAACGAGAGAGGCAAGGUGCAACCACGAUUGUUCCAGAGGAUCCUGUCGUUGUACCAGUCAGCAGCUCUCCGGAGACCAAGCCCGGCCUCCUACCCAUGGAGACCGAUGUGAUUUCUUCAGAGGAGGACGAUAUUUUAGCCCGAGAGUCCCCUGAAAGUGAACACAAGUCUUCCCCGAGCUCUCACGAUGAGUUUAUGGAGCCUGAGAAUGAAGAUGCCCAAGACGGAUUUGAGAGUUUUCCACCACCUGAGGAACCGAACACAGACGCUGUCGCCUCCCACGUGGAAAAACUCUCCUUGACAGACAACACAGAGGAAAGCAAGCCACUGCCUGCUGCCAAGCCACCUCUGCCACUCUUCGAUGAUCAAUCCCUGGAUAGCAUCUCGUCCAACUCAUCUGGGCUCACUUUUUCAACCCUCUCCGGGAAAGGGUCACCGGGGAGCAGGAAAUCCUCAGAUAAGGACGACAGCACCAAGCAGGAACCAAGGUCUGCUACAUCAACUCCGCUGGUCGAUGAGAAGCCCAUGGAUGAAGAAAUAUCUCCACCUUUUGUUGCCUCUGAGCCAAGCAAAGACUAUCCUGCCAUAGCCUCAGAUGCCAAGAGUGCUGAAUCUCGCUCACCCAGCCUCGAUGCUGUCCCAAUGGCCGAGACGUCACUCUUCAUCCCUGGGACUGAGAAGGACGACCAGACUGUUGUAUCUGGCGCAAGUCUGAUCAGUCAGGACGACGAUUCACAAGGGAGUAGAGCCUCGACCUCAAAGGCAAGUCUAUCGUCAUUCAAGUCCGAGGGAGAGGAGAAAGUGAGGUCGGAAAAAUCGGAAGGGGAACUCUCGACGUCAAGCUCCGAGUCGAGUGAUUCCGAUAAGGGCAAACCGGGGGAGUCACCAGUUGAAGGCAAACACUAUUCCGACAGCGCUCAUAAACCCAGCAAGUCUAAAAGCGACCAUACCCGAGACAAAGACUCAAAACACAGCAAAGACAGAGAUAAGAAGCACUCCAAGUCCCGCGAUGACCACCACUCUCACCGCGACAAGGACCGGAAACACCACAGGAGGGACAGAGAUCACGACGGAGAUCGAGAGCGCUCCCGAAGCCACCACCACCAAUCCUCGUCAAGCAGCGGAAAGGACGGCUCAGGCUCAGGCUCGGGAAAGGGCUCUAGCAACAAGGACAAGGAACACUCGACUCAGAGCCCUGGGGACAAGUCGACUGAGGGGAAAAGUAGACGAGAUAGCACCGUAGAGAAGGAGAAUAAGUCGAGCAAACACACAGAGAACAAGGUGGAGGAAGGAGGCAUUGAAAACAACAAGCAAAACAGCGCGGGUGACAAGGCUGACGGGAAACACAGCAGUAAAUCAGACAGCAAACCGGGUAGCUCGGGUGAGAAGAUUGACGUAAAACCUAAAUCAGAAAAACCAAAUAGCUCGGGUGACAAGAUCGACGUAAAACCAAAAUCGGAAAAACCAAAUAGCUCGGGUGACAAGUCUGAGGGAAAGCUCGGUAGUAGCAAAUCCGAGGGCAAGAGCGACAGGGGUGAAAAGUCUACCAGCAAAGGCGACAGGGGUUCAAAACACAGCGCCAAGUCCGACAGCAAAUCCAGCUCGAAAUCAGACUCCAGCAAAUCCAGUAAGAGCAUUGCCGAGAGGUCUGAGAAGAAGCACAGCGCACACUCCAGCAAACACUCGUCGAAGCACAAGAAGCAAGAUAACGACAGCUUCUACUCGGAUAAGCUGAAGAGCAUCAAUAUCUUCAAGGACGAGAAAAAGAAGAAGGAGGAGAAGGACGCGAGAAAGGAGAAAGGAUCAGAAAACAAACACAGCAAGGAGGAGAAGGAAAUAAAGAAACACAGUAAGGAAGGGAAGGACCAGAAGAAGGACCCCAAGACGAGAGAGGAGAGUCACCACAAGGAGGAGAAGGACAGGGAUGAGAAACCCAGAAGGAUCGAGAAGGACAUCAAGCUUAAGCCGAGGGAUGUGACAGCUGUUCAGAAGGAGAGCGACAAAUCUAACAUUGACAAGAAGCUAAAAACUAUGAAAUCCAAGGAAAACAACGACAGGGGUUCGAGUGGGCAGGAAAACCUCAACAAGAAACUCAGGGUCCACAAACCAAGCAGUGCCAAGAAGCCUUCGUCGCCCAAGGAUUCGGAUAUCAAAGAGAACGAACUCCUGCUGUUUAAUGAUGAGAAAAGCAUCAUGUUGAUCAGCUAUGAGGAUAAUGAUGAAGAUGGUGACGACGCAGCUCCGGCGAAGACAAAGAGACUGAAAAGGGAUUUGAAAAAGGGCCCGAAAUCCGUUAACAAUACCAAGGAAGCAGAUGAGAGUCUACCGGACAAACCCGUGAAGCAAAACGAGGCGAUCGAUCCCGUGUCGGACUUCGAAGGGUUUAGCAAUGCGGAAAAAGAUACAAGACUUUCCGAUUUCCUCGCUACGGCACAGAGAGUUCCCGACGACAUGGAUAUAGAGUACAGCGAUUGGUUUGAUGAGAGCGACCUUCACAUGGUAGUCAGGGAGGAUGAUAUUAAGGAAAGGAUGGAUUUUAGCGAGUUCCUAUCAUGCAUGAACAAACUGGGAGCCAUCGUCCAGGAGUCCAGUGUAGAAACGGACACACAGGAGUCGGACAGCAAGGACGAUGACCUCUCAAAGACUCGGGACGUCCCGGAGAGGAGAACCCGGGCCCAGCUACAAGGCAAGCGUCGAAGGAUAUCCACGUCAAGUUCCGCGUCGUCCAGUGCAAGUCUAUCCGGUUCUCCCAAGCACAAGAGGACCAGAACUGCUUGUAUGACCAGUGCUGACGCUGGCAUGCUGGUGGAACAGGACCCAGUGAUUGUUAGUGGGUUUGCAUUGCUCACACCGGAGGAUGACGGCAACAGGACCUCCAGUAGAGAUUAUGAAGUUGAUUACAACCAAAGGAUCAAUAGUUACAGCCCUCUCUCCCCUGCAAGUGAUUCUUCAGCGGAUGAUGGGAAAGGCAAAUUAGCAGAUGUGGGUUCCCUCAGCGGCCGGGCACCACCAACAGAAGUCAGCAGCCAGAGAGUGAAAGAUGGAGAUAUAUUCAAGUCAGCAAAAACAUGGACCAGUGAAGAGACAAAUCUUUCCGUGUAACUAGAGCUUUUAGUAAGGAGGAUCUGAUUCAUUAAGUAAUUGUUUCAAGAGGAUUAUAGUAGGUUUUCAGCCCUGUAAGAAUUUUUUAUAGUCUGUUCAGAGCAUGAGGUCGGUUCGAGGUUCAAGGUUCCUGAAUUCCCAUGAGUUCGACCGCGAGUUGUCAGAUUAGCUCCAUCUCCCUACCCACCAACCCACAACCCACCUGUUUGUCUCUCUCUCUCUCUCUCCCUCUCUCGACCCACUGCCUCAUGUUAUAGAAUGUAUACAGAUCCUCGUUCUAAUCCUAAACAUCGACACUCAUUGUACCAUAUAGCUUCCUUUUUCUAUAUACAGAAUACAUAAAAUAUCACUUUCAAAUACCACGUGGAUGGGAAAUAAGAGAGAGAGAGAGAGAUGCAUGUUUGAAGGUUGAUUUGGCACCAUGGCCUGAGGUAAACGACGAUAUCAGCUCCACUCUGAACCGACGUCAUGCUCUGAACGGACUACAGUCAUCCGCCAAAUAGCACGGUUUGCAAUAGUUCGGUUUUAUACGGAUUGCCGUGGAAGAUAUUUCACGAUUUUAAAUUUUCCUGCACGUCGCGAAAUUAAAAAAACUCCUUAAAAAUCAUCUUAGAAAAUCCACAUAAAACCGAGCUAUUGGAAACUGUACUAUUUGAGGGAUGACUAACUAAAAUCAGUGAAUGUAACAAAUGACCUUUGACCCGAGUGUGACUACUUAACAUCUUAUAUGGAUGCAGGAUUAGGUUUUUCUCUAGACCCUGACUCAAAUUUUCUCACGGAUGUUUCCUUCAGUUUUACGAAUGUUACGAUUUGUAGCGAAACGAAGGAAUUGCACAUUGCGAAUUUUACGAUUUGUAGUGAAACAUUUGAAGGAAUUACACAUUAUCUACCAGACACUAACUUAACGAUGCAGGACACGACCCCAAACUGUAUAUAUUUAUGUAACUUGAAAUUAGAUUAAAACUUUUCUACAUGAAGCAGCUGCCUCUAAAUCUUGAUGCUGAAUGGAAAAAUCCUUACACAGAAUAAUAUGGUCACUUCAGAUGAACCUGUAUGUCUCAAUUUCGUACAACAUAUGUGUGUAUUGAAGACGUGUUUUCUAUAUAUAAUGUAACCACAAAAAAGUUACCCUUAAAAGUCUCUAGAUACCACCAAAUAUUAUAUGGAUAAGAUUUCGGAUAAAUAAAAUAUGGCCAUGAUAAUUUGGUGGCUCUUAAUGA